AUGGCACUGCUUGGUGCAAUGGUGAAACUUAAAGUCCAGUUCCCAUCACACACAAACGUUGACCUCUCGUUGGACAUAAAUGUGAAUGGCCCUGAGUACGUUGAUGUUGUUAUAUUGCAGGGACAACUUGAGUUUCAGCAUUUUGAGGAUGAGAGGGAGCAUAAAAAUGUGUCUGAUAAGAGAGAGGAGAAACAAUCAAAUUGGGUUUCUAUGGGGGGUGCUGCAGAUACAGUCAAAGAUGAUAACAUGACCCAGGCUAUAAAGAAGGUUCUUGCCGAGAAUUUUCCUAUCAAAGAAGAAUCAGAGUCUCAAAUUCUUCUGUAUAAGAAUCUAUGGCUUGAAGCAGAAGCUUCAUUAUGUUCUGUUAAUUAUAUUACUCGCUUUAAUCGAAUGAAGAUUGAGAUGGAGAAAGGCAACUCACAAAAAGCAAACGGUAAACCUAUUGCCUAUUCUGAUCGUCACUUUAAUUUAUCCAAUCAAAAGGCACGUGUUUAUGUGUUUUCUUCUUAG